UUAUUGAACUAGAUAUUUGAAUGUUUUAUUGUUAACAGGAUCCUCAUGAUGAAUUGAAGAAUCAAAAUGUUCUUAUUGAACACUGUAGUAUUGAAGAGACAGGAGAGGAGUUUGGUCUAAGUGAAGAGGAAUGUAAAGCUGCACUUACAAAGUCUUGCAAAAUAUUGUAUGAUAUACGACAAAAAAGGCCAAAACCACAUUUGGAUAACAAGAUGUUGACAUCUUGGAAUGGAAUGAUGCUAGGUGCCAUGGCUAGAGCUGGAGUUAUUCUCGGCGAGAAAUCUUAUAUAGAGAGAGCUAUACAAGCAGCUGAUUUUGUUAAAACUUAUCUUUUUAAAGAUGGUUUGUUACUUCGAUCAGCCUAUUCUGUAGAAGAUGGUCAGGUUUCUGUUGGUUCAAGCCUUGAAGGAUUUGUUGAUGAUUAUGCCUGGAUGAUUCGAGGUUUUCUAAACCUGUAUGAAGCUACUCUUGAUACUUCAUGGCUUGAAUUAGCAGAAGAAUUGCAAGAUAAGGAGAAUGAACUGUUCUGGGAUUCACAAGAGGCUGGUUAUUUUAUGACAAAGGCAGGAGAUAGCUCCAUCUUAUUACGUAUUAAAGAAGAUCAAGAUGGAGCUGAACCAUCAGCGAAUUCAGUCUCUGUAGGUAAUUUAUUGCGUCUGAGUCCACUUCUUGAUCGUGCAGACUACAGGGAAAAAGCAGAAGCUAUUUUUCAGUUGUUUGCUGAACGACUAAACAAAAUACCAAUUGCUCUCCCUGAAAUGACAACAGCUCUUCUUAUUCAUAAAAAGCAUCCAGUACAGAUCAUUCUUGCAGGGAAGAAAGGCACUGAUGCAACACAAAAAAUGCUGCAAGCAGUUCAUGGACACCUGAUUCCUAGCCAUGUCAUCUUGCUUGCAGAUGAGAAUCAUGAGUCAUUGCUAUAUAAUCGCCACUCUUCUCUGAGGCACUACCACCCAAAAAAGCCUGAUGAAACAGUUGCUCAUGUAUGCCAAAAUUUCAGGUGCUUCAACCCGCGCCCCAGGUGCCGGUGUUACCUCGCUAGUACAGGAGCCAAAACAGGUUACUGGCGUGGCUCCUACUCGGGUCACUAUGAAAUUUUCUCCAGGAAUUUCGAUAUGUUCCCUAAAUUAUUUGAAGCACAUUCCGUCCACCAUGUCCCCCUUAAACAGAAAACACUUUUUAAACUGUCAAUUAGGGGGCUUACUUCCCAAAAGCCCAUGUGGACAUGGCUCGCAAAGUGCUACCAGGGUGACCUUCGAAGCCCAACUCCAACUCCAACUCCUCCUGCUUUUGAUACUGAUACUGAAUUUGUUCUUAUUGACAAACUAAAAGGGGAAUUUCCAAAAAUCAAGGUAAUGGAUCAACAGAGGUCUUAA